AUGGCUAACUUAAAGGCUGCAGGUGCAAUUUGCUGCACCUACAAAUUCUGCCCCGCCACUUUUGACACUGAAAAGCUUAUGAAGCGUCACAAAGCUAGCGAUCCAGAGCAUGACUACUGCCGGAUCUGCGACCUGGACUUUGACGAUGAAUUGAAUUUUCUCAGGCACAAGAUUGAGAGCUCUAACCAUGUCUGCUGCCCAGUUUGCGGUGAGGACUUCAAGAGCGAGGGGGGAAAAGAUCGUCAUGUCAGACAGACUCAUGCCGCGGAACAAAACUUGGAGUGUGCAGGCUGCCGCAAGAUCUUUCCUAGAGCUGGCGCCCUUAUCGAACACAUCGAGAAAAGACGUUGCAGCAGCAUCAGUCUCGAGGAGUUCAAAGAUCGACGCUUGCAGAAAGAGCUAGUCAGUGCCUAUCUUGAUGAUGGCCCAACUUCCCAAAGAUUUACUGAGCCACCCUCUACUAAUGGUGGAGUGUCGAUUGGGUCCGCCUCCUCUGAUGCCGGUUUCCCAUUGGGUCAAGGUUGCCUUUUGGAUGGUGACAACAUGCCCACUGGAGAUCUAAUGCCCCCGCUGAUCAAAUCUGACGGCGUCAAACUGGGCAAGGGUCCAGAGAGAACCAAAGAAGAUGUCUGGCCAAAGUUGCAGCCUAGAUCCUUUAACAGCCAAUUGGAAGAAGAUUUGUUGGGCGGAGUUGAGGACUUGAACGUCGGUGAAACUACUACUCCAUGGGGUUCUGCCUCCUCUUCCCAGAAGCUCUUCCCCAAUGCUCCUGGUACUCCGGCCACUGCUGAAUACCUAAAUGGUUUCGCCAAAGCCGGCGGACCUCGCCCUCCGGAUGCUUUCCUGCGUCCAGACUGGCACCCGGAUGCGCCAGGCUUUAAGUGCACCGACUUUUACGACAACCUCUCGGAGAAAUACAUGUGCCCUUACUACAUGUGUGGGAAAAACUACCGCAAAGGGGUUGAACUCGAAGCUCAUCUAAAGUCUGAUAAGCACCUCAAAGCUUCAUUAGAGUGCCCCGGUUGCUAUAGGAAGUUUGUCACGCACACCGCGUUGGUCCAGCACUGCGAAUCUGCGAGCACUCGCUGCAAGGUCAACCAGACUAACUCGUACGGAAAGUACAUUGACAAGGUCAGCGCAGGUUAUAUUGAGGUUCGUGGCCAGCAUGCCGAUGGCACCGUCAAAUACAUGAAGCCUGAGAACAUGGUGGCGCAGUGGUAAGGUGCGAGGAGUCCUGAGGCCGAGGAUCGGUGACUUCGAAGAGUAUCCUCUAUCCCUGCGCUCAGCAUAGGAUGGCCUGAAAACCCAAUAUUUCCAAAUGCGCUUUUCUACAAUUUUCAAUUAUCUCUCUUAGUUAAUGGCGGAGCAAACCCGGAAAAGUUAUUAUUUUCCUUUAUCCAGCAAGCGCCACAAGCAUAGCGGCCGC